CUGGGCAAAGGUAGAAGCUGUGCGUAGCCGUGCAUUUCCUGCAGCUCAGGUGAGGGGUUUCUGUCUCCGUUGGGCUCCUUGUAGGGAAAACCUUGAGGGGUCACCUGCUCUUCCCCUCAGCCUGUGAGGAGCACCGGCACUGCCCAAGGCGGUGCUGGCUGUGCUCAUGGAACUCGUGUUUGAGUAACCCCAUCCCCUCCUCCCCUGCUGGCUGUAACCCUGUGAACCCUACUGUUCUCCUACAGGUUAUUCCUUCAUAUACUUCCCAGUAUUUUCCCCAUCUUCUUUCCCAGUCUUCUUCCCCUUCUUCUCCAUCAUCUCCUUCACCAACUCCUUCCCCAUUUCAUUCACCACCUCAUUUCUGAGUCUUCUUUUCUCAUCGUUUAACCAUUUUUUAUCCAUCUCCUCCACCAUCUCCUUCUCAGUCUCCUUCCUCUCUCUACUUUCCCCAACUCCUUCCCUGCUCCUCGCUUCCAGCACAGAUGGGCUUCACAUUGGGCUGCAGACACUCCAGCUUCUCCCAUCACUGGAGGGCCCUCCUGGCUCAUCUUGUGGCUCUGCACCUCCUCCAUCUGGGAUCAGCCCAGAUGAGGGUGGUGGCACCAAACCUUCAUGUCACUGCUAUCGUGGGACAGGACGUUGUGCUGUGCUGCCAGUUGUCCCCCUGCAAGGAUGCUUGGAGCUCAGAAAUCAGAUGGAUCCAGCACCGGUCUGCUGGGCUCUUGCACCACUACCGAAAUGGAUUGGACCUGGAGCAGAUGGAGGAAUAUAAAGGGAGGACAGAACUGCUAAGGGAUGGCCUGACUAAUGGAAACUUGGAUCUGCGCAUCACUGCAGUGAGCUCUGCUGAUAGUGGGUCCUACAUCUGUGCUGUGGAAGAUGGUGAUGGCUAUGCAGAUGCUGUGGUGGAGCUGGAGGUGUCAGAUCCCUUUUCCCAAAUCGUCCAUCCCUGGAAGGUGGCUCUGGGUCUGGUCGUCACACUUCUGGUUGGCUCAUUUCUCAUCAUUGCUUUUCUCCUGAGAAAGCAAGUGGUACAGAGCAAAGAGCUAAAGGAAAAAGAUGCAGCACUGGUGGUCAUUUGGCCAUUCAGCAGAAUAAUGAGAUUUGGAGUCUGGUUAUUGGAGCAGGUAUGGGAUCAGAAGCUGUUUCCUCUGACCAUGCAUUUCUUUUGCUUCCAUUUUGCAGAGAGAAAAGAUGCAAUGCUGGUGGAACAAGCUGAGAAACUGGAGAAAAAAGAUGCAAUGCUGGUGGAGCUAUCUAGGAUGUCGAAGAGUAGUGAUGCAAAGUUGGAUACACUGGCUGCAAAACUGGUGGAAAUAACUAAUAAAUUCGAUAAAUGGAAUUUUGAUCCAAUUUCUCUUCCAUUUCCAGAGAUGCAGAAUAGACCUACAAAUUUACGUGCUCCCAUGCUGAAGAACCAAGUUGCAGAACAGGCGGAACGAACUGAAGCAUCUGAAGAACCAUCCAGAAGACGACUGAGAGAUGAGACGUGCCAUGCAGCAUGGACAGCAGUUCACUUUCAUAGACCACAGUUUGCACAGGAUAACAAAGCCACAAUAAGUCCAAGCAAACGCACAGCAGGACCAAAAGGAGCCAGUGUUUGUAUUGAGGGAGAACCCUGCAGUUCUGUGAGACAAAGCUGCCCAAGGGAGCACCGAGAUGAGGAUGUGGGACCUCCAACUCAAAUCCAAUUGAAAGUAAGAAACCAAAGAAAGGAAGAAUACAGGAGGAAGGCAGAGAGCCUGGAUAAGAUAUGGAUACGUAGGGAAAUAACAUGACCAUGUAUCAGGAUUUGUGGAAAUCCAAUGUGUACAUAACACUUGGAAACAGAAGACUGCAUGCAGAACCUAAGGUAGAAAAUCGCUUUGGUUGUUAACCCUGUUGGCUCCUACCAUAUAAUAAAGAAUACCUGCUUAUUGUAAUGGA